AAUAGGAAUAUUAAGAUUGAUAAUAUUGGUAUUUUGUAUUAAAAUGGCAGACGUGUUUGUUGAUUGUGUGUUAAGUAUGCUUAAUGGUUAAGAAAGAAUUUGUACAUUUUAAAAUGUCUGUAGAAAAAUGAAAAAAUACGUUUCUAAGUGGCCCAAUUGGUUUGUAGGAGGCGAUAUAAGACGUUGGAUGACGAUUUCAAGGAAUAUGGAGCUGUUUCGAAGAUUAAGUGUAAUUUUACAAAGCCCAGAAAUGGAACCCCCAAAUCAAGAAGCUUCAGUUUCACAUGGGAAACAAAAUAUACCAAAGGCAUUAGUCGAAGAAUUUUGUACAUUUGGUUUAGUAUGGCUGCAUACAUUUGCUCCCUGUUUUCCUGUGGAUGGAAAUAAGGUUUCUGUUAUACAUGAACCAAACAUAUUCUACAAAACAGUAGUGGAGAAGUGUCAGACAGCCAAACGAAGGAUAACAUUAGCAUCACUGUAUUUGGGAACUGGUCAUUUAGAGGAACAAUUGGUUGCUGCCAUUGGUGAAAACUUGAGAAUGUCUGGGGACCAGCUAAAAGUGAAAGUGUUACUGGAUUACACAAGAGGUUCAAGAGGGGAGCGGAACUCCUGUCACAUGCUUCAACCACUUCUGGCUCAAUACCAGGAUAUCUGCCAGGUGUCUCUCUAUCAUACACCAGCUCUGCGUGGAAUAUUGCGUAACCUUAUGCCACAGCAUUACAAUGAACUGAUUGGUGUACAGCACAUGAAAGUUUACCUGUUUGAUAACUCACUGCUCAUUAGUGGGGCAAACCUGAGUAAUGACUACUUCACAAACCGUCAAGAUCGUUAUGUGCUGAUAGAAGAUUGUGGUCCACUGGCAGACUUCUAUGAUGGUCUGGUAUCUCGGGUGAGUGAAUUCUCGCUUCAGCUUGGUAAAGGUGAUGAAGUACAGCUCCAUUCCAGCUGGAAGUGGCACCCCUACUACAGAUCGGCCAUGUCACAGCAAGAGAAAUUUGAUGAAGGAGAUACAUGGAUUUUUCCACUUGUGGAAAUGGGACAACUAGGAUUUCAUCAAGACAGCUGUGUGACGAAGUGGAUGUUUGAGACUGCUUUACCAGGUUCUGUCAUACACCUUGCCACAGGGUACUUUAACCCCACACAGGAUUAUAUUACUUCUGUGAUCAGACACUCUGCUGCAACAUACAGCAUUCUCAUGGCUCAUCCCACUGCAAAUGGUUUCUUGGGAGCACGUGGGCUAGCAGGUGGAAUCCCAGCAGGCUACACAUUGGUAGCAUCAGAAUUCCUUAAACAAGUGGAAACCUCUGAACAAGAAAACCGCAUACAAAUGGCAGAAUUCCAAAAAGAGGGCUGGACUUAUCAUGCAAAGGGAUUGUGGUACACACUGCCAGGUCAACGCUUACCGAUUCUAACCUUCAUUGGCUCCCCUAAUUUUGGGUAUCGGUCUGUAGACCGGGACUUGGAGACACAGAUAGCAAUUGUGACAAAGAAUCCACAUCUACAACAGAGUCUCCUGGAGGAGAGAGAACGUCUGUAUGCAUUAGGCAAUCCAUUCACCAGUGAAACAUUGUCAAAGCCUGAUAGGAAAUAUGCCCCAAUAUGGGUUCAUGUAAUAAUGCGAUUUUUCCGCAGUCUCUUCUAGAUUCUUCCAUCUCAUAAUGUGAUAGUUGUAAUAAAAUGAAUUUCAAAAACUACAUACUUCAGUAACGUGUAAGUUCAUCAAGAAGAGCAGUCAGAAUGGAAUUUACCAUAAUAAAGAGUAUUUGAAAGGAAAGACUGUAGUAACAUAACAGUAAAUAAGUACAUACAAUUUACUUCAGUUUGCAGUGUGAAUAAUUCUUAGAAGACAAAGGACUGUGGCUGUUUUGUUAUGACAGUUAUGUUACGUGUUGUUUAUUAUCUGUUUUGGAAGUGUGAUGUAUUCCUGUUUUAAGGUGAGUGGAUGCUAUUGUUAUACUGUUUUUGUUACUUUUAUCAUUAUUUAUAUUGAUAUAUUCCCGCGCCAUAGCCGCGCGGUCUGAGGCAUCAUGCUUCGGACCGGCGAUAGGGAAUGCGCGCUGGUUCGAGUCUCGGGGGAGAGGAAAUUUUCUCAUGAGCUUUCGACCAGUGUAUGGGACCGGUGCCAAUCCAGCAUCGUGAGGAAAUUGAGGAGCUACAAUAAGUAGCGUAAUCCGGUCAGGAAAGCUAGCAAUGGCUGGUGGUUCAUUGUACUGACCAUACGUCACCCUAUAUCUGGUUGGAUGAUCAUUCACCUCUGCUUAGACAUGUGAACGUGAGGCCAGCAGUCAAGCUCUCUGGCGCUGUUACGCCACGGAUUUAAUUUAAUUUUUAUAUUGAUAUAACAUUUUUUAUUUUUGUCUCGAUAUUUUUAGAAAUUCUCUCCCAUGAUAUUCCUAAUAUCCGUUUCAUUUUUGGAAGACAGGUGCAAAUAAGACGUAUGUGUAGGCUUGGUAGCUGUUCAGGUGAACAUGGACUCCUUAAUUUUUAUCUGACCUUGUUUCAUGAUGUGCAGAUGAAUUAUCUGAUGUUGAGAUUUAAAUGGUCUUCUCUCUAUGACUUAUGUUUUAAAGUUAUACUUUCUAUCCCUUAUGCAAACCCCUUCCAUGUCAUUUAUUCAACUUUACUUUUUUCUUAAUUCUAUUUUGGUAUGUCCUGUUCAGACUACCUUCCGCAUUCAUUAUUCUCUUGAUUCUUUUUCCUGUACAUAACUUUUCUCAGCUUUCCCUUCCAUAGCAACCCCACCUGUUCCUCUUAAUAUACCUUCCUCUACUUUAAUUUCUUCAGUCCUUUUCCAUCCCAUUUCUGAUAUUUGCUGAAGUUUUAUUAUCAGGAGAGUCAAGUAGAGUAAUGGAUAUGUUGGAAGUAGAGAACAGUCUGUGAAUUCAAGGAGAGAAUAUUUUAGGUCAAGUCAAUUAGAUGAUAAGAAAGUGGAUAGGGUCUUGGAAGCAGCGGGCUGUAAAGCAUCGGAAAAGGGGUGGACAGUAAUACUUUAGGCUUGUUGAUGUAUGAAAAUAUGUAGUAAAUUAAAGAAAAGGAAGUCCAGCGUU